UCUAUUCCACCCAAGAGAAAGAGACACAAGACAAGGGACACAUUUGAACUUUGUAGAAUAUUCAGUAUUCAGCAAUAAUGGAUGAAGAUCCUAAGAGAAUGGAAGAAGGCCUCAAUUCAGCAUUGAAUGGUGAUGGCAAUAAGGAUGACUUGAAGAAGAGGGCAACCAUUAAAACCAGUAAUGGAGGUUCUAUUUUUGAGCAUGACAAAGACACAAUGGCUAAGCCUGUGGCUGAGGGUGAGUCCGUACAGCAAAUAGCUGAACAGGAGCAACCACCGGUUAAGCAGAAGACAAAGAGGGUUGCAACCCUUGAUGCAUUUAGGGGUCUCACCAUAGUGUUGAUGAUUCUGGUAGACGAUGCUGGUGAAGCUUAUCCACGCAUUGAUCAUUCCCCUUGGAAUGGAUGUACUUUGGCCGAUUUCGUUAUGCCUUUCUUUCUUUUCAUUGUUGGGGUUGCCAUAGCCCUUGCACUAAAGAGAAUCUCAAAGAUAAAGCAUUCCGUAAAGAAGAUAAUCCUUAGGACAUUGAAGCUUCUCUUCUGGGGUAUAAUUUUGCAAGGGGGUUACUCUCAUGCCCCUGAUGAUCUCGAAUAUGGAGUUAACAUGAAAUUUAUACGAUGGUGUGGCAUUCUCCAGAGAAUCGCUCUUGUAUACUGUGUUGUAGCUCUAAUAGAAACAUUUACCACCAAGCUUAGACCCACUACGUUGGCUUCUGGACACCUAUCCAUUUUUGCUGCUUAUAAAUGGCAAUGGUUUGGGGGCUUCGUGGCAUUUCUCAUUUAUAUGAUCACAACCUUCAGCCUCUACGUUCCAGAUUGGAGUUUCGUGGAUCACUUUAACGGCGAUGAACCAAAGAGAUACACGGUCAUAUGUGGGAUGAGAGGACACCUAGGGCCAGCAUGUAAUGCUGUUGGGCACGUGGACCGACAGGUUUGGGGGGUCAACCAUCUUUAUUCUCAACCAGUUUGGAGACGCUUGAAGGCGUGUACAUUCAGUUCUCCAGGCAGUGGUCCUUUUCGUGAUGAUGCCCCAAGUUGGUGUCUUGCUCCUUUUGAACCCGAAGGCUUGUUGAGUUCUAUAUCAGCAAUCCUCAGUGGCACUAUCGGCAUCCAUUACGGGCACGUCCUGAUUCACUUCAAGGGUCAUUCGGAGAGGCUAAAACAAUGGGUCUCAAUGGGGUUUGUGUUACUCAUCAUAGCCAUCAUCCUUCACUUCACAGAUGCUUUACCAAUUAACAAGCAACUCUACAGCUUCAGCUAUGUUUGUUUCACAGCUGGGGCAGCUGGAAUUGUCUUCUCUGGGUUCUACAUACUGAUCGAUGUUUGGGGGCUCCGCACACCAUUCCUGUUCUUGGAGUGGAUAGGAAUGAAUGCUAUGCUAGUGUUUGUGAUGGCAGCGGAGGGCAUCUUUGCAGCAUUUGUAAAUGGAUGGUAUUAUGAAGAUCCACGUAGCUCACUAGUACACUGGAUCAAGAAGCAUGUGUUUGUCAAUGUUUGGCACUCAGAGAGGGUGGGAACCAUCUUAUAUGUCAUCUUUGCAGAAAUCACUUUCUGGAGUGUGGUUGCUGGCGUCUUACACAAAUUAGGAAUAUAUUGGAAACUAUAACAAUCAGCUGCAUUAUUAAUGGUCAAUCUGGAAUUGUUAUUCCUCUAUUAUAUUCUUCUUUUUGCUAUUUUGGUUCAUUGUACUCUGCAUCCAAAUUCUCCUAAUCAGUCACUUUCUCUUCAAUUUUUCAAAGAGAGUAGCACUCCAAAAUUUCCGUAUUGUGGUCCAAAAGGAAUAAAAACGAAAGGACAAAUACUCACUGCAAUGCCACUAAAAAACCCACGAGGUAAGAAAAGAUAGUAUACAGCAUUGACAUUUCGAGAGAGUAUCGCCCGAAACAUCAUUGCAUUGGAACUUCCGAAUUUAAGCUAGAUCGUAUUCUUCUGAGAGAAAACCUAAUACGGAAAUAAAAUACUAUAUGUUAA